UAGCGUUUUGCUUCAGCAAUCGAAAUUCUCAAGAAGAACAAAGCGAGCGAUAUUAUCUUCUUCCUCCUCCUCUUUACAGAAUCUCUUCUAUUCUCGGAGGCAAUGGCUGGUGGCAAGGGUGAGGGUCCGGCGAUUGGGAUCGAUUUGGGAACCACCUACUCGUGCGUCGGAGUAUGGCAGCACGACCGGGUGGAGAUCAUCGCCAAUGACCAGGGCAAUCGCACCACCCCUUCCUACGUCGCGUUCACCGACACCGAGCGGCUCAUAGGCGACGCCGCCAAGAACCAGGUCGCCAUGAACCCUACCAACACGGUGUUCGAUGCCAAACGUUUGAUCGGGAGGCGUUACAGUGAUCCCUCCGUUCAAGGCGACAUCAAGCUAUGGCCUUUCAAAGUGAUUGCUGGCCCCGGCGACAAGCCCAUGAUCGUCGUCCAGUACAAAGGCGAGGAGAAGCAGUUCUCCGCCGAGGAGAUCUCCUCCAUGGUGCUAACCAAGAUGAAGGAGAUCGCCGAAGCCUAUCUCGGAACCACCGUGAAGAACGCCGUGGUCACGGUCCCUGCCUACUUCAACGACUCGCAGCGGCAGGCCACCAAGGACGCCGGAGUCAUUGCCGGCCUCAAUGUACUGCGAAUCAUCAACGAGCCCACGGCAGCAGCCAUAGCCUACGGCCUCGACAAGAAGGGGAGCAGCUCUGGCGAGAAGAACGUGCUGAUCUUUGAUCUCGGCGGCGGGACCUUCGAUGUUUCUCUUCUCACCAUCGAAGAGGGUAUCUUUGAGGUGAAGGCGACAGCUGGCGACACGCACCUCGGCGGCGAGGACUUCGAUAACAGGAUGGUGAACCACUUCGUGCAGGAGUUCAAGAGGAAGCACAAGAAGGACAUCAGCGGCAACCCUAGAGCUCUUCGGCGGCUCAGAACAGCUUGCGAGAGGGCAAAGCGAACUCUCUCCUCAACCGCCCAAACCACGAUCGAGAUCGACUCUCUGUUCGAAGGCAUCGACUUCUACUCCACCAUCACCCGAGCUCGAUUUGAGGAGCUCAAUAUGGACCUCUUUAAGAAAUGCAUGGAGCCGGUGGAGAAGUGUAUGAGGGAUGCAAAGAUGGAUAAGAGUAGCGUCGACGACGUGGUGCUCGUCGGUGGAUCGACGAGGAUCCCGAAAGUCCAACAGCUGCUCCAAGACUUCUUCAAUGGCAAGGAGCUAUGCAAGAGCAUCAACCCGGACGAGGCCGUAGCCUAUGGCGCCGCUGUCCAAGCCGCCAUCCUGAGCGGCGAGGGAAACGAGAAGGUGCAUGACCUGCUGCUCCUUGACGUCACACCUCUCUCGCUUGGGCUGGAGACCGCCGGUGGCGUCAUGACGGUCUUGAUUCCGAGAAACACGACGAUACCCACCAAAAAGGAACAAGUUUUCUCCACCUAUUCUGACAAUCAGCCCGGCGUACUAAUCCAGGUCUACGAGGGCGAGCGAGCUCGGACCAAGGACAACAACCUCCUUGGUAAAUUCGAGCUCUCCGGCAUUCCUCCGGCCCCCAGAGGUGUACCUCAGAUCAAUGUCUGCUUCGACCUCGACGCCAACGGCAUCCUCAACGUCUCGGCAGAGGACAAGACCACCGGGCAGAAGAACAAGAUCACCAUCACCAAUGACAAAGGCAGGCUCAGCAAGGCAGAGAUCGAGAAGAUGGUCCAAGAGGCCGAGAAGUACAAGGCCGAGGAUCACAAGAAAAAGGUGGAGGCCAAGAACGCCCUAGAGAACUACGCAUAUAACAUGAGGAACACAAUCAAGGAUGAUAAGAUCGCCGGCAAGCUGCCCCCAGCUGACAAGAAGACGAUCGAAGAUGCAGUGGAGAGGGCCAUCAGAUGGUUGGAUGGGAAUCAGCUGGCGGAGGCGGAGGAAUUUGAGGACAAGAUGAAGGAACUGGAAGGUAUCUGCAACCCCAUCAUAGCCAAGAUGUAUCAGGGAGGAGCAGCUGCUGGCAUGGAUGAAGAUGCUCCAGCAUCGUCUGGUGCCGGAGCAGGGCCGAAGAUCGAAGAAGUCGAUUAAUUCACUGAGUUAACGUAAGAGUUUAUCUUUGGGUAAUAAACAGUGCAGUCGUGUAAACUAGAA